UUUAUAAUGAUUCGCUUGGUGUUUUUUUUAAACAAUUAAAGAAUUUGAGACUUUAAUUGGGUCAUUCAGAAGCUCAGCAGAUGAUUAUCACCUAUUCUAUCUUUGAAGAAUGUACAUAACACAAUCCUUUGAUCUCUAAAUGAGAUAUAUACGGAGAUGGAACAUGAAACUGUAUCAAACUACUGUUAACCAUGGCAGAGGCCAACCCCCCGUGCAUCUCAUGUGGCAGAGAAGUAAGACCUAAACAACAUGCUGUGAGCUGUGAUGCUUGUGAAGGUUGGCAGCACCGCCUAUGCAAUACUGGUGCUUGGUUGGCCAUUCGUCGGGUUUUCCCUACCGUUGCGAUCAAAGGGUGCAUCUUCCACUGGACACAGGCAGUUUGGAGGCAUGUCCAGUCCUUAGGCUUGGCCAGGGCCUACAAGGAUCAACAGGCAGUGCACAACUACAUUCGCCAACUACUCUCCUUGCCUUUCCUGCCAGCACAACAAAUCCCGGAGACGUUCCACCAUUUGAGAGGAAGAGCCACCACACCACAGCUUCGGGACCUGGUGGACUAUAUUGACCGACAGUGGUUUCGCCAUCGUGUAUUCAGGGUCCAGGACUGGUCAGUGUUUCGGCGGACAGUGCGGACCAACAACGACGUCGAAGGCUGGCACAACCGACUGAAUACGAUGGCCAGGCACGGGGGUGUGCCAUUCUACAAGUUGGUGCUGCAACUGCGACAAGAAGCUGAAGUGGUCGAUGUUGCUGUACGAUCUGCAGACUUGGAGAGGGAGAGUAACCGCGUAUACACCGCCCUAGAGAAGAGGAUCCAGAAAGCCUGGGAUGAAUACAUGGAAGGAGCUUGGACCACCAGUCACUUUCUGCGAGCGAUUUCAUCGUGUUACAGCCCGUCCGUCAACACCGAGUGAUU